AUGUCUUCAACCACCACCACCCAAGUCCUCCCUACUGCCAUCGAGACUGUCGGAUCGGUCGAGAAGACCAAGCCUGUUGAAACUGUCGAGCCUGUCGAUACCGUGCAGACCAACGGCACCAUCGAGCCCAACGAAAUUAACGAGCCUGCUGAGACAGCGCAGACCAACGGAACCGUGGAACCUGUCGAGUCUAGCGAGGCCACCGACAUCGUCAAAAGCCCCAAUGCCAAUUCUCUAAAAUCAAAUAUCGGAGUCUUCACAAACCCCAAACAUGAUCUAUGGAUCGCAGAGGCUUCUCCUACUGCAGGAGAAGCCCACGCGGGACAUGACUUGAAAGAAGGCGAGGUUUACGUCGGUGUGAAAUCCACUGGUAUCUGCGGCUCAGAUGUUCAUUUUUGGCAUGCAGGAUGUAUCGGUCCAAUGAUAGUCACCGAUGACCACAUCCUAGGGCAUGAAUCCGCUGGCGUCAUCUUGUCCGUCCAUCCUUCUGUCAAAUCGUUGAAGGUGGGUGACCGCGUGGCUAUUGAGCCAAAUAUCCCCUGCUUCAAGUGCGAACCCUGCCUGACAGGAAGAUACAAUGGAUGCGAAAGUGUCGAGUUCCUGAGUACACCUCCCAUUGAUGGUUUGCUGAGAAGAUAUGUCAAACAUCCUGCGGUCUGGUGCCAUAAAAUCGGAGACAUGAAUUUCGAAGACGGUAGUCUACUAGAACCUCUUUCCGUUGCAUUGGCAGGUAUUGAGCGUGCAGGACUGAAACUUGGAGAUCCAACCUUGAUUGCUGGUGCUGGCCCUAUCGGUCUUGUCACACUAUUGUGUGCGGCUGCAGCAGGCGCGACGCCCAUUGUUAUCACUGAUAUCGACCAAGGGCGACUCAAUUUCGCCCAAUCUCUGGUUCCUCGCGUCAAGACAUUCCUCGUACCCAUGGGUAAAUCCGCCGAGGAGAGUGCCGAUGGUAUCAUUGAUGCCCUUGGUGGAAUUCGACCUCGUGUCGCCAUUGAAUGUACUGGCGUCGAAUCUAGCGUCGCCAGUGCCAUCUGGAGUGUGAGAUUCGGCGGUAAGGUCUUCAUCAUUGGAGUCGGAAAGAACGAGAUGAAGGUCCCAUUUAUGCGACUUAGUACUCAGGAAAUCGACCUGCAGUAUCAAUAUCGCUAUUGCAAUACCUGGCCAAGGGCUAUUCGGCUAGUGGAGAGCGGAGUGAUCAACCUAGACAAAUUGGUCACUCAUCGUUAUAACUUGAGCGAUGCCGUCCAGGCAUUCAAGACAGCUAGCGACCCCAAGAGUGGGGCGAUCAAGGUCCAGAUCAAGAAUGAUGACAGCUUAUAG